AGAGCCGGGGGAGGAGGCAGCGCCGGAGUCAGGGAUUCGGUCUGCCGAGGCGGCCGAGCGCUGGACCGGCGGCGGGCCGGUGCACCUGGCCUGCGCGCCCCCGCUGCUCCGGGUCCCCCGGGCCGAGGCGCCGGCGGCUGCUGAGGGAGGCCAGCGGGGUGUGCGGAGGGAGGCCAGGAGGGCGCGGGCGCCCCGUGCACGAAGCAGGUGUGAGGCGGCCGGGGGCCGGGACGCCAUGUCCAUGGAGGACCCCUUCUUUGUGGUGAAAGGAGAGGUACAGAAAGCAGUCAACACUGCCCAGGGAUUGUUUCAGAGAUGGACAGAGCUCCUCCAGGACCCCUCCGCGGCAACAAGGGAAGAAAUCGACUGGACCACCAACGAGCUGAGAAACAACCUCCGCAGCAUAGAGUGGGAUCUAGAGGACCUUGAUGAAACCAUCAGCAUAGUUGAAGCAAACCCUAGAAAAUUCAAUCUGGAUGCAACCGAAUUGAGUAUAAGAAAAGCCUUCAUCACUAGUACUCGGCAAGUUGUCAGGGACAUGAAGGAUCAGAUGUCAGCUUCAUCUGUGCAGGCAUUAGCUGAAAGAAAAAAUAGACAGGCACUGCUGGGAGACAGUGGCGGCCAGAACUGGAGCACUGGGACGGCGGAUAAAUACGGACGCCUUGACCGUGAGCUCCAGUUGGCCAACUCCCAUUUCAUCGAGGAGCAGCAGGCACAGCAACAGUUGAUUGUGGAACAGCAGGAUGAGCAGUUGGAGCUGGUCUCUGGCAGCAUCGGGGUGCUGAAGAACAUGUCCCAGCGCAUUGGAGGGGAGCUGGAGGAACAGGCAGUUAUGUUGGAUGAUUUCUCUCACGAGUUGGAGAGCACUCAGUCUCGGCUGGACAAUGUGAUGAAGAAACUUGCAAAAGUAUCUCACAUGACCAGUGAUCGGCGCCAGUGGUGUGCCAUUGCCAUCCUCUUCGCCGUCCUGCUGGUCGUGCUGGUCCUCUUCCUAGUGCUGUGAUGGGUGCUGUUCCUCCCGCACACACAGCACGAACCCAGGGGGAGAAGGAGAGGCGGCAUGCCGACGUUGCCAUCUCCUCACGGUCCUCUCCGGAGAACAGCCUGCACUGACUUUUCUCUUUGUGAUCCACAAUUGAGACAGCUCCUCCGUCCCCGCGCUGCGGGGCCCAUGGGAAGAAGAAGCGGACAACUGCACACUCCUGGCACCGCCUGUCCUGUUCUGAGGACAGCUGGCCACAGCUUUGCCUCCCCGGACCUCGUUCCCCCUGGAGGGCCUCUGAGGAAUCCAGAAAAAUUCGCAGACUCAGUGUUCGCUGUUGCUCGUUCCCUCGUCUCUGGCAGCUCUCUCCUCCUGCUCAGCCCCUUCCCCCCGCUCAGCACACCGCUGUUCCUCCAAGAGAACCCUGUCGACCUGCCGCUCCGGGUAGGUUCCUAUCCUGUUGUGGUAGCAUUCCUUGGCCCCCGAGAGCUGGCUGUUAACGGGGAUAGAGGGCUCAGUGGUUUGUGACAGAAAAUGGAGUGAUUGAUUUUUCAGGGAUAAGUGCUAGGAUGAAGUUGCUUUUCCUGGCACGUUUUUGUGUAGUAGGAAUAACUAAUGGAAACAAAUGAAAAGCACUGGGCUUUGGGGUGCUGACUUGUGGCUUGAAUUGAAGGGGAGGAAAGGGCAGCAGGACCCUGAGUGCACAGCCCAGGGAAGCGCGGGCAAGGUCGCCAGAGGUCAGUCUUGCGGAGUUCCCGUCCCUGUCCUACAGCCUUCUCCCCAGAGGAGCAACUGGCCUUUGCAGGGUGACCCCUAAAUGUCUGGCUGCUGAGCAGCUCGGCGGUCCCCUUGAGUGGAUCAAGACCUGGGUGAGCCUCGCUGACAGUUAUUUUAUUCCUGGGUCACUCCACGUAGGGGGAUGGGGUUGGGCAUGGUUAGCACAUUUAUUACAUUUACUCAGAAACUAAUGACAGGAAAGGCUAGUUCUGGACCAGACUUUCUUACCACUGCAAGGAUUGGUAGGUGAACUGGGUUCUGUUUUCCCUACGAUGACCACUCAAUCUUACCAUCCAUUCAGAUAACUGAGCCAAUCCAAAGUUAAAUGACCGGCGCUUUAAUUGAGUUUUAGUAGCUGAAACUGCUGAGACACUAAACGUCAAGCUUCUCACGACUUUAAAAUGCCUCUGGCGUAUACCUGUACACAUGGUAUUUUUAUAACCCCUGAGGGAGCACGUAAUGCUGAAGUAGCAGCGGAACCCACAGCCCGAGUUUGGCGCAGAUGCUGCGCGUGUCCCCUCCCCGCUGUCGUUUGCGCUUAGAAAGCACAGCAGCCUUGGACAGAGUGCUAGCUUUUUGUCUUCUUUCCUCAUGUUUUGGAGUUCAUUCCUCAGCACAGUUUUUUUGUUUUUUGGGUUUUUUUUUUAACUUUUUUUCUUGUUUUGUUUGUAUUUUUUUUCUUUGUUUUGGGCUUUCCCCCCCUUGUGAUUUGCAAUGAUGUACUUGCCCAGCUAACUUUUGAAUUGCACUUUUUAAUAAAUAUUUGUAACAAAUUUUAAAAGAAGGGUAUUUUCUCAUGUUUAGGAUCAUGAUAGGUAACAGUCUUCCUGUUGAUGAAGCUAAAAGCAGAUUUAGAAAACUAAAGGGGUGGUUGACAUCCACGUUUACACUCAACUGUAUUUGAUAUAUAGAUAAGUUAUUUCUUUUGAAAUUAGCAAAAACAGUGAUUAAUACAAAGGGCUUCAAAUGUAGGGUACUAGAUUAUUUGUUUUACAAAGUUUUGAGACUUAUUCAAAUAGUCUUCUAUAAAUAGAGAACAGAGGUGGUCCUUAGCUUUGCAUUAAAAUAUACAAGUCUGUGUUAAAAAUAAAUGUGGACCUCAUCUCAGUACUGUACUCCACACUCUCCACAUUACAAGAAGCACUGGCAUCUUAGUGGAUUCUGCGGUCACCGUAGUUAAAAGCCAGGCUGUUGCCCUGCUGUUACCAGAUUUACUGUGCCCUGCGGAACUGCUGUGUGUGUCAGUGGGGCCUGUUGGGAACACGCAUGGUCAUUAACGAGUAAGAUACUCCCCUCACUUCAGGGACCAAGUAUUGUGACUAAAUGUUGGCUAGAUUUAGAAUCAGCAUGCUGGCCUCACUGACUUCAGGGGUUUGCUAGAGGGCGGCUAUUGUGGACCAACCAUGGGCUGAAGCUGAGGACGGAAAUAUUUAGAGAGCGCAAGUUUUCUUAAAACUAGCAUAGCAUGCGUUCUCCCUGUAGGGCCGCCGUUCUCUCCACUGCUCCAAGGAGCUGUUCUUUGACAGCCGGCCCCGCCCCCAGCAUAACUUCUGGCCCCGCUGGCUUGAUCCCAGGUCUGACCCUGUUGUACCCGGACUGGGCAGUCACUACAGACAUUAUUCAUUCGAAGGCCCUCCUCUCAGACUCCAAACUGUGGCCGUCAAAGAGAGCAGACCAGAGGCUUGGGUUUAUUUUUAAGGACAAAUAUUUCCUCAUCGGUGCUGUAGAGGGCACCCAGGUGGUCCUUUGCCCCUGUGUCGUAGAACGAGCAGAGCAGUGGACCCCAGUGACCCCACGCUGCCUAGAAGCACAUCCUGUGGUAUUUGGGCUUUUUUUCUCCUUCAGCACCUCAUCCCAUAGUCAUUUCUUCUAAAGAACUGGCAGAACGUGAUGGAUACCAGAGAAAGAGCUCAAUCCAUGUUUAUCGGAAGAACGUUUCACUAAUCAGCUGACUUGGGGGUAAAAUGGGGAAUGAACCAUUGAGAGAGUUUGCCAGAGUGGGAAUCCAGCUGGAAAACCAAAAUACCUUUGGUUUUCCGUCCCAGUUUGUUAUCUCGUCUUUGCGUGGCCUGUGAACAGUCACAGUGCGCUCUGUGUGCCCGCUGCCGUGCGGCAAUUGGAAGCCGCAGCGUGUGUGUUACAGGAGGAUCUUCGCGCCAGAGCCGGAGCGGGGAAGCUUGGUAACUUGCCCAUUAUUCUCUGCUUUUAGCCAGAGUUAAACAGACUGAUGGGUCUGGUAGCCAACAACUUGGCAACUUCCACUCCUUCUCACCUCGUGAGAUUAAGGGCUGUGAAGAGAAAUCUAGUCGAACUCCAACAGAAAUCUGUCUCUGUGAAGUGUUUUACCUUCUGUACGUGAGGGUGGCAGAGCCAAGAUUUUUCUUUUGGUAAUUUCCCUGGCUGUGAAGUGAGACCGUUACCUUUCGAGAGAAUUCAUAGCUUUUGAAGAUCUAAAGACUGAAUGAUAAAUAUGAGCUGCUUUUCCCCUGUGGAUGGGGACUGUUUGGCUUCACCUUGUACCAUGGGAUGAAUUUGUAAACAAAACAAAAUUCGGGCGGUCUGGAAAGCUGAAGUUCCGAAGGAGGGAAUGCACCACCUCUGAUGUUGCAUCUUCCUCCCGCUGGCAUUCCUUUCCUUCCCAGGUUUUCUAAGAAUAAUUUUUUUAAAGUAUGUUCUUUGUCCAUCAAGAGCAGACAGAAAGUGAAACCAAAGAGAUCGCAGACUUACGGGCCCCUCCUUACAGUCACACUGUGCCGUCCUGACCAGGGUCAGUCCAUGAAGACAGGGCCCCAUCAAAAGGCCUGGGGGCCGUCGGAGGCGCAGCGCGCGCUUCUUCUCAGCCUCUGCUUCUGUGUCAGGGACGGUCUAGUCCCCUGGCUGGCCUGAUAAGAGGAGGUGGGGUCUCUGUAAUGUCCAGCUGCCCUUCCCAGCUCCCAGCCUUCAGAAGAUGUGCUUAUGCUCAGAAUAAGGCCGUCCUGUUCUUAUCAGGCCUGCGUCUGUUUGCCACGCGUAAACAUGCAUGCCCUUCUCACCUGUGUUGACUUGAGAAUGCUCACUGGGGAACUGCUGUUUGGUGUCGAGUCCAGAAAGCCCAGAGAGUUCUGAGUCAGACAGCCCUCCAGACAAGAACGGCACUGCUGUGAACCUUCCAGGCUGAAGCCUGGCACUGGGGCACCCAGGGCAGGGCCAAAAGGCCAAACUCGCUGACUUCUGGGGUCAGCAUCCCUAACAGCAGACUCACUUGGCUGAGCCCUGCUGUUUUAGAGAUGAAAUGGUUACAGCCCCCCCACAAUAUGGGAGUCACUUGGCCUGUUGCAUCCUGGACUUGGCCCCAGGCUGCCCACAUGCUGUCUGGGACAAGCUUAAGGAUGUAAAGCUGACCUCAGUGACAUAAAAGACAGGCUGAUAGUAACUUGUACUCACCCCUCCCCGCGCCGUGUGAUGUUUGUUGCUUCGGGACGAACGCUGGAACUCUGAAUGUGCGGUGGCGCCCUGCUGGUGUUGCUGCAGGCUGCAUACAGUGGGGAGUGCUUUGUUAGGUUACGGCCUCUUCACCAACACAGACACUUGGGGAGGUGAGGCAGAAAGAAAAAGAACUUGGUGUCGCUCUGACGUGAGCCAACACGUUGGUGCUGUCUUCCUUCUGACGUGCCCUUUGUCCAGAGAUGCCCUUCCUGAGGCUGUGUAGAUGGGACCGUGCUUAGAAGUGGUGGUCCGUUACUGCCCCCUGCCUUGGGUUUCUCAUGAACGUUUCAUGGGCCUGGUUUGCCAACUGCAGCCAGACCCUUGUGCGACAGUGUAUUUUAGCAUUUUUUUGUUAUGGUUAUGAGUCGUAAAGCCCAGAAGCCACUUGAUUAUCCAGGAGGUGUUAGAAAUAAGACCACCCAGCCUCAGUGUUCGCUGACCAGAGCUCUCGGGCCCUGCUUCCUGGUGGCAGCCUGGUGCCAGGCUUUCUGUCAGCCCCAGGGUAGGACCAGGUUCACGGUGGUUCUUCCUGCUCUGUAGAAAGUAGGUUUUAGCUGAGACCCUGCUGCUGAAGGGCAGUUGUGACCCUGUGGUUAAGGUCUGUUCUGGGAGAGGCAGACGUCCUAGUCCUCAGGAAAAGAGUACCUGUGCCCUGUCGUCCGAGCGGGUGAGGAGGGUCAGCCAGGUGUCCCACUAGUAAGUUCUUGGAACUUCUGGUAAGUGCCAUCUGAUUGCGUCCUAAUGGGCCCGGGCUGGGCGCUGCUGUCGAGAAAGCUCAGAGAAUGCCCAAGGCUGGCCUGGAAACCACGAAAAGGCCAGAGACAAGCUGUAAAUGAUAUGCAUUGAGUUUUUGUAUGUGGAAAUACGCUUUCACUGCCUCAUUUGUAAUCAGAAAUUUGUGUCAUUAGCAGAAUGUGUAAUACACGGCAGUACUCAGCAGGACUAAACUUGCAUUUUUCUUCCAAGGAUAAAUAACCCACAGUGUUUUAUUUUUAAAUAACUAGAAGGUACAAGCUAAAGAAGUGAGAUCAAGGAUUAGAGUUGCGAAUGCCUGGGUGAUUUCCAGCUGGUGCUCCCCCGACCCCCAUGAGGAGAGCGCCAGAGCCCUGGUGCCAGAAGUUUACCGCCCUCGCCACGGGGGAGAGAUUCUUGCUUCCUCUACACGCUGGGCCUCCAAGUGCAGUGUGGGACCAGUGGCAGCAGCGUCCCCUGGGAGCUCAUUGGAAAUGCAAAUUCUCAGGCCCCGGCCCAGACUGGCUGAGUCACACACUGUGGGGCUGGGGUCAGUGUGAUGCCCACUGUAGUUUCAGAACCACUGCUACCGCCUCGUGGGGUCUAGGGUGCAGUAACCCAUCCUCCAAAAUAGAACAUCUUCCACAGCUUUGAUUGCAAUCUUGACAUUAAACAAACUUUGAUGACACUAUAAACUUGAAAACUUUUAAAAAAUACUUGUGUAAAAGAAACCUCAACUAGCCGUCCUAAAAAGUGAUAUUUUUACACCCUGAAGUUUAUCAGUUAUGUUUCUUACUUCUGCUCUUGAAAUCAUGUUACAACUGUAUAAAGAAUACUGUUCAGUAUUAAAGAGAAAUGGAGAGACCAUGAA